UGACGCAGGAACCACCUCCCAGCCCCGGCGCUGUUGGAUCGGCUGGGCGGUUGCCUCCCGGACCCAGUGAGUGGAGCUGAAUGGCAGACAGCUGCUCCGUGUCGGCGGCCGCUGCGGUAUGGCGCAGCCUCUGCCUCUGCCUGCUAAUGGCAGCGCCGAGCUGGGGUCAGCUAGAGAUCUCGACUCCAGUGAAUCUCACAGUCAAGUCGCAUGACUUCCACACUGUCCUGAAAUGGGAUGUACGUAAUUCAAGUGAAAGAACUAGGUUUAAUGUCGAGUUUCGUGAAUACGUGACUGCAGAAUGGAAGCCAGUUUGUGUCAAUGUUUGGACACGUUACUGUGAUCUCAGCAAUGUUUUCAUCGCCUCUGAGGAUCAAGUGGGUGGUUACUAUGCCCGAGUUAAAGCGGUUACGGGAUUGCAGGAGUCAAAGUUUGCUUAUACUAAUCGGUUUACUUUUGCUCAAAAUGCUUCCUUGGGAGCUCCUAUUGUGUGGCUUAGAGCUGAUGGCAGUCAGUUAACUGUGGAAGUCAAAUAUCCACCUCUUAAUUCUACAUCAAACAGCGGGCUUCAGGAAUCUUUAUCCUACCAUGUGUACUGCAGGCGCCCCAACCAGACCGAUCCGAUUUGUCUGGCACUGACUCCAGAGAACCCACUUCAUCAAGAGGAAUUUGUUGAAGGAACCGUUUGUGUAUCUGCUGAAGUAGAAAUAUCGGCCAUUCAUCUUACUGGAAAGAAAUCUAACGAAACGUGUUUGAGUAUGUCCCAGAGAAGCUACUCAGAUUCAGCAAUUCUGACUUGGCCGUAUCCACAAAAGUGUGACUAUUAUGAUCAGAAUGAUGAUGAUGAAGAAGAUUACGAAGAUGAUGACUAUACCAGAAAGGAUGAUGAUGGCAAAGUUAAGGAUCCAGAGGAUACCGUAGCUGCUGCAGCUGCGAUUUCAACAGUGGUCAUAGUCCUCUUGCUCAUUUUCAUAUUUGUCGGUAUUUACCUAUGCAAAAGUAAAAAGAAGCUUGUACUACCCAAGUCUUUGGUGCAGGUCAUUGUGAGUGAUCGGCAGUACAAUGUGAUGAACUCCAAACACGAGGAGAGCAGCGUGUGUGUAGUUGUAAAGCCAGAGGAGGUGACCAGCGUACCUGAUGACUCACAUGACUUUCAGGUUCAAGAAGAAACCCUCAUCUCCUCAGACACUCUGGACCAUAGUACAGCUCUUAUCGAUGGAGGGAGCAGUCAACAUGUAAAUACUGACUUGAGUGAUCCUUAUGCCGCAAAAAUAAAUAUAGGUAUCAUAGAUCAAAACUCCGACAGCACGGACCAUAUUGAUCAAGAAGCUGGCAAUAAUCAAGGGAGCAGCCAUGACUUGUGUAAGACACAUUGUGACAGCAUUAAGCUGAGUUGCACUGCUGAUAACUGGGGCUAUGAUAAACCUCAUGUACCACUUGAUAUGCUCUAAGUAACAGUGCAAAGACUGAGUUAGUACAACCGCACAGCAUCAUACUCUUCAGUGGAAUGGACUAGAAACUGACCCCAGUGCUGAGGAUGCUUUCAUGAGAGGCCACAGUCCAGCUCCCACAGUUCCAUUAUCCAAAAUGUGCCAUUCUUGAGAGGAUGCUUGGAUCACAUCUUUGCAGGUUCUGGUGACGCAACCAGGGGAGAGAUGUAGGUUAAAACCGGCAUGCUUAUGUGGUUUGCAAGUACUUGACUGCUCCGUUGUGUGACUGAGGGUAAAUUUGUGUCUGGAGAAUAUAUGGAACAGGGAGCGUUUUUGAUUCGGGGGAGCUGAUUUUUCUUCCAAGUUAAAUGGUUUGUGUAUUCAAGCACUGCUCAGGAGAACUGAACUUGUAAUUCAGACCAGCACUUUACUACAGUACUGAGGGAGAACUGCACUGUCACCAGUGUUGGCUCAAAAAAAAGUUAGUGUAGAGUUGUAUUGGCAGGAACUGUAAACAAUUAUAUCAAAAGACAGCACAAGCAAUAGAUCUAAUUUUCCUUUCUCUAAAGCCAAUAAUAAAAAAAAUGUAACAUACAGAAUUCUGUCUGUUAUUACAGCCUGAGAGAUUUAUAUCCCAUUCAACCUAAACCUUAACUAUUGAUUGUCAAUAUUGAUUACGGUUAAUUGGGACCAGCACAUUUUGGCCUAAUUAGGUGGCUGCUCCAAUUAGUUGAAAUUUCAUGGAAAUAUGGAAAUAGUUAAAUGGAAUAAAAAUGACAAACUAUUUUUUACUGAGCAACAAAUUAUAUAUUUAAAUGAAAUACAGAACAAAUUCAAACACUACCAAUACUACUGCAGUAGUAUAAAACUGUCCAUUGGUUCCUCAUAAUUAUCAACGGAAGAAUCCAUACAGUGCAUUCUGCUGUGUUCUUUUGAUUGUAAGCGACCAAAAUUAGCCAGAUGGGUAUUGCAGAUAAUGGACCACCUUCAUACAAUACUUUCAAUUAUGUGUAUCCUCCAAAUUUUAAUUUACCUUAUAACGUUCAAGAUGAUUGUGUUCCUGUGCUGUACUGUUCUCUGAUUGUCGAUAACUUUAAAUGUUUUUGUAGCUCAUAACUGGAAGUAGUGAAAUGUUUCAUUUUCACUGCUACUCGUUUCUCACGUCUCAAGCCUGAAUGUUUGAAACCACAGUGACCGAAACAGUUUUGAAUUGACUUGCUGUUUAAUUCUCACCAACUAUUGGUGAUAUAAAUAACUGCUUUUUUGGACACAAACACACGCAGCUAAUAGUAUUUUAAAAGCUGUUUGCUCUAAGCUCAGUGUAGUGUCUAACGGCCACACAAGUGCACCUGACCAACACUAGUUAGAAAGUAUCCAGUAACCGACCCCUGUCCCGAUUAAGCGGCACAAUGUCCCAAAUAAACUAAGAGAAUCUCAGUUAUUUUCCUGACUAGUUCUUGUUCUUUAAGGGUUGUCCAAAUAAGCGGGUGUUCCAAUUAACUGAUGGUCCAAUUAACCAGAACUAUUGCGUAUAUACAAAAAAAAUCGCAGGGUAUUAUUCAAAUCCGAGGAGGAGAGUUGUGCUGUGUCACAUUUAUCCUUCAAGUAAUACAGUUAAAAACAUUUUAUCUAAUCACAAUUUUAUUGAAAUCUAAGGCAGGUAAUUGCUAACUACUUUUCACUCUGAAAACGUCUGCGCUUCAGAAACACUCCAUUGGUUGUGAAAUGGUAUAUUCUUUAAUUUAGCAACACUGCACAAUGCAGGCCAUUCUAGUCUUUCAAGCCUGUACCGCCCAAACACAAGCAAGUGACUAAUUGACUGACUAACCCACAAGUCUUUCAGAUGUGGGAAGAAACUGGAGAAAACCCAUGCAUUCACAGGGAGAAUGUACAAACUCCUUACAGCGACGGGAAUUACACUCCCAUGCCACCCUUUCUGUAAAAUAUAUUUAAACUGCAUUCCUUAA